UAUGGAAAGUACCUGCUCGUAUUGUCUGGAUCGGUGGAGUAUGCCCCGUUCUUAGAAAACUGGAAAACUCUUAAAGACAGCGUGCGAAAAAAUGCCGGAAAUCCAGGGUGGACAGAUGUGAGCACAACGUCACACAGAGGAAUACGACGUGCAUGGUGCAAUCUGUCGAUAGAAGGCAAGGCGAAAACUGCAUACAGUACGCAU